GUAGGCAGGUCACGGCAGAUUCUGCCCAGCUUGAUCCCUUCGUCUCCAUCGGAGACGUCGCUUGCCUCGUCACGGCCGGUUUUCGUAUUAAAAACCAACGGCGCCGCGGCGCGAGGACCGCCGAAACCACACAAAGUGAUCCGAUCGAUCAGCUCGCCGCCGGUUUUCGCGCGCUUUUGCUUCGCUUUGCUUGCUGCUGCUGUGUCUAGCCAUAUGCUGAGGUCAGUGUCCGGGUCCAACUCGUCGAGGGGCAUCGCCGCCGUGGUCGGCGUCGGCCCCAGGCUCGGCUCCGCCGUGGCUCGCAAGUUCGCCUCCGAGGGUUACACCGUCGCCAUCCUCUCCCGCGACCUCGAGAAGCUGUCGCAGCUGGCGGAGGAGAUCGCGCAGGAGGCGAAGGCGCAGGUGUUCGCGCUGCGGGUGGACUGCGCCGACGCGCGGUCCGUGCGCGAGGCGUUCGAGGGCGUGCUCUCCCUCGGCCCCGUCGAGGUGCUCGUCUACAACGCCUGCGAGCCGCCGGCCGACGGCGACGGCGACGCCUCCCCGCGCCCCACGCCCUUCCUCGCCAUCUCCCCCGACGCCUUCCACCGCGCCCUCGCCGUCUCCGCCGCCGGCGCCUUCUACUGCGCGCAUCAGGUCAUCCCGGGUAUGGUCGAGCGGGGCAGGGGCACCGUCAUCUUCACCGGCUCGUCGGCGUCGGUCACCGGCUUCGCCGGCUACUCCGAUCUAAGCUGCGGCAAGUUCGCGCUGAGAGGGUUGUCCCAGUCGCUGGCCAGGGAGUUCCAGCCGGCCGGCGUCCACAUUGCUCACAUGAUCAUCGACGGCGCCAUCGGCGAUCCGAGGUCGGCGAGGGGGAGGUGCGCCGGCGAGACGACGGCGGCGGCCGCGGCGGCGGACCCGGACGCGGUGGCGCAGAGCUACUGGCACGUGCACGCCCAGGACAAGAGCGCGUGGACGCAGGAGAUGGACAUACGGUCGCCGUCGCUGAUGUAGCAGGGAGGUGGAGCUCCUCCGCCGCCGCCGCCGCCGCUGCCGGCGGCGGAAUCUCUACUAGUGUCACCAAACGGGAAAGACUCAUCUCCCCGGUCGUCUCGUCGUUGCGCGGCUGCGGACCGGGCAUCGUGUCCCCGUUCCGCGCCGCAUGUUUUGCGGCGCCGGCGCGCCCUAGUUUUUAGUGUGUGUGUGUGAUGCAUCGUUCCGUCUCAUCGGCAGCAGCUCGAUCGGGGGAGUUGCCGGCGAGAGCGACGGCACAGCUUUCGCUGCUUCUUUUCCCACCCCAUCUCGUCCGUCGCCGACGACGGCGACACAGUUGAUGUGGUUUUUCUGUACGGUCUAUCUCUAAAAAUACACACGUCCCGUUUUAUGCGUGCCACUGCCAGGUUGAUGAUGCCUCUGCUUCUGGUCGAAUGAAUGGACUACAUAAAACAAGCAUGUGCCUUUUGGAUUACCUGCACUUGAUUGCAUGAACAGUGAUGGACCCUAGAUAAGUACU